UCAGUUCUUUGAGUCGAAAAUAAAUAUCCGACAUUUUGAUACGUUUUGGACAUACAUGUAACAAAUGUCCGUCCAACCUUUGGACAUCCGGACGGUCCCGGGAGGAAGUGGGAAGGAGGUUAUUCCUCCAGCUGAUGAGGGAUUUUACCCUAAACUUCCGCCAAUCACUUCAGCGCAACCAACCGGAAAAAGACCUGACCCACCAUCUUACAUCUCCUUGUUUCUGGUGUCGCCACCCAGUAACAAGAAGGCGAGUGUUUACGAAGAUGAGCCGCCUUCCUUCUGGGAGAAUGGGGGAUGUCUGUGCCAAAAAUCAGAUUUAAAAUAUUUACUUCUUGCAGUAGUGGUGCUAUUCGGAAUUUUGUAUACAUACGAGGGUGUAACGUUUAUAGACCUCUGUCCUGUUGCCUCGUCCUUGCCCCUGAUAAUGGGAGUUGAAGGGGUUUCCCUGUUGGGAUUCUUGUUACUUUACUUUUUUCUGUUACCUUCAAGUGAAAAUCAACGCAAAGAGAGGAAGAGCGAGGAAGACAUCCUUAGCAAACAGUGCCAUUAUUUGAUUCGUCUUGUCCUCAUAUUCGUCUAUAUCACUUACCUAUAUAUAAUAUGGAUAAUUGGCUGUGUACAAGUUUUUGAAAUAUCUCCCGAUUCCGUUGACAAAUCGAAGCAAUUCGGAAGCAAGGCUAAAAAUGAAUCCUGGUACUGUGACACAGAAUUUUAUGACGUCAUAUACUAUGGCAAUUUAUGUCAAUCAGCUGUCCAGUCUCUGAUAGCCUUAAUAAUCAUAAUAUUCUGGAUGUCGAACCCGACCGAAAAACAAAGAUUCAUGAAACAGAAAUGGAAGACAUGGUUCCGGAUGUUAGAUCAUGAUAAAGAUGGCACAAUCAGCCAAACCGAUAUGAAAAGAACGAAUGAAAAAUUGGAAUCCAUUCGCAUAUACCUCCGACAGAGAACUGUACCGUUGGACUCAAAGAAAGCUGCAACGUGGUGGACAACACAUAUUUUUCGAAGAGGGACAAAUUCCAUUACCUUUGAUCAAUUUUGCAAUACCCACAACAAUUUCAAUGUUCAAUAUACUGAGUCGGAGGACUUUCAAUCAGCUGUGCGUCGUUGUGUAACAGAGUUUUUUGAUUUUUUCUCUACCCACGAGCAAGGCCGAAAUCAUAUUUUAACCGAUGAAAACUUUGUGCGCUUUUGGAGCAUGUUAGCGGGUACUGAAGAAAAACGUGCUCGGGAGCAUUUAAAGGAUUUUCCUAGAUUGCUGUCAACUGGUGAUCUAAUGUUGGCGUGGAUGGGUUUCUUACAAAAUACGAAUCGAUUUGCAUAUAAAUAUUAUGAGUCUCAAGCCGUUUAUCAACUCUUAAAGUAAAAAGAUAUAAAAAUCUCUUGACGGAUUGUAUAAUAUUCAACGGACCUCUCAAGAAUUUUUCAUUCAUAUGGAGACGCUACAACUUGCAUGUGGAGAGCUGCAAAUUUUGUCCUAUACUCGGCACUUAGGGCCAUCGAGCAGCGACUGAUUUUUUUUUCGUGCCAGAAUCUACUGCAAUACGGAACCUCGGUUUUAACGGUCUCAUGUGAAGCACUUGUCUCAACGUCCCACAGUGGGAUUCGAACCCGCGACGUAAGGAUCAACUCCUUACUUCGUGGCUCUAACCACUGCCACGCGGGCGACAAGAGUCUCUUGAAAGAGAUCGUGAUUGAAGGGAAAGGGAAGAAAAGGGUGCAUAUUAAAGGGUAUAUUCACAGGGAUAUUAAACAAAACACGUAAAUUUGAGUUUCAUUUUUUAUAUGUACAUGUACUGGUAAUAUAUUUUUAAGAAAUAAUGGCAGCAAAUGGGAUAUGCAAACUAUAUAGUCCUUUCAUACUUAAUGUCAAAAACAUUGACGUGCGUCAACUUUCGCAAAACUUAGUUUAUUUUGGCUAAAAGAUAAACACAUUAUUCUUAUUUUUCAUUCGAAAACAUAUGUAUGCCAUUCAUUAAUAAAAAGAUGAAUUCAUCGGACAUCUUGUAUGCUAUCUGACAUGACUCAUUAUUUUCAUUUGAUUGACUACAAUUUUGAUAUAUGCCGUUUUGAAAUUCAUUUUAAUGUACAAUGUCUCGCCUAUCUCAUAUUUCUAAUAAUUGAAAUCUCAGUCUGUUUGAAAAUGUGUUUGUGUGUGUAAGAGUGUGUGUUAGGGCAUUAAAUUUUGUGUGUGCGCAUGCGCUAUUUUAUGCUAUUUUUCGUU